AUGAGAGCAGACCGUCGACAUGACAAUUGGUUGUCGUGCACCACCAAGAUGGACUUUGAAGUCCUGUGUUUCGUCGAUGCAAAGAAGUCCACCGAUGUCGCCACGUGUGGGAAUUUGCAUCCGAUGCUGGAUGGUAGCGCCAAGUUAUGGCAGCCUGGAAAGGACGGCCUUGUGGUCGUGGUUACAACGGAACCACCGCAAGCACAAGAGAUCAAAGGCCCCCAAGCAGAAGGUUUAGUCCACUCCUGA